AUGUCGUCGUCGGUCAAGUUUGACGUCAAAGAGACGGUCGCCAGCGUCACUGGCAAGCAGGACCUCGCCAAUGAGGUCGGCAAUGCCAUCACCAAAGGUGCUGGUGCUGGUGGCUACCUGGCUGUACGUCUUGUCGGCGAGAAUGCUAUUCGAUUGCGACUGACGGAGAGACAUAGNGCAUACUUGGGCCAGCUACAAAGCAACCCCCUUCGUACCAAGAUGAUCACUUCAGGCUCCCUCUCUGGUGCCCAAGAAGUGCUCGCUUCGUGGAUCGCAAAGGACCGCAACAAGAAUGGCCACUACUUCACCUCGCGUGUGCCCAAGAUGGCCCUCUAUGGUGCUUUUGUUAGCGCUCCUCUCGGCCACAUCCUCAUCAACAUCCUGCAGAGAGCCUUUGCUGGCCGGACCAGUGUCAAGGCCAAGAUCCUGCAGAUCCUCGCCAGCAACCUGAUUGUAUGCAUAUCCGACCAUUAUACCCUGGCCACCUUACUGAUUUCACCCACANNGGUUGCCCCCAUCCAAAACACCAUCUACCUCUCCGCCAUGGCCAUUAUCGCAGGUGCGCGCACCUUCCACCAAGUCCGCGCUACUGUUCGCGCUGGUCUGCUUCCCGUCAUGAAGGUCAGCUGGUGCACUUCNCCCUUGGCCCUGGCAUUCGCCCAGAAGUUCCUUCCCCAAGAGACCUGGGUACCUUUCUUCAACAUCAUCGCCUUUGUGAUUGGUACAUACAUCAAUGCACACACCAAGAAGAAGCGCCUGGCUGCCCUGAGAAAGAAGCACUACGGUGACUCCAGAAGCACAGGUCGUCCUGAAGAUGACAGACGUCCCAACUUCUAG